AUGUCGGCGAUGAUGAGCGAUAGCGAGUUAAGGGUCGAGAGGAGGUCGGGGGCCUCUUCCACCACCCCCGUGGAUACGGAUCGCAUCUCGGACCUGCAGGACUCUGUGAAACGCAUUGAGGAUAUGCUGGAGAAGCAGACGCUCUCCCCGAAGAAGCCUGGGCACGGGCACGAGGGGGUAGUCGACGUCGUCCUUGGGGCACAGUGGGGCGACGAAGGCAAGGGGAAGCUGGUGGACAUCCUGUCGCAAAACUACAACAUCUGCGCCCGAGUUGCCGGGGGUUCUAACGCGGGGCACACGAUCGUGGUUGGGGACAAGACGUUCAAGUUCCACCUCCUGCCCUCCGGCAUGCUGCACCCGGGCACCAUGGGGGUGAUCGGUAACGGCGUGGUGGUGCACAUCCCCACGCUCCUUAAGGAGAUGAAGUCUCUCGAAGAAGCCGGCAUCGACUUUGAGGGCCGCCUCAAGAUCUCCGAUCGAGCGCACAUCGUCUUCGACUUCCACCAGCAGGUGGACGGGGUUCAGGAGGGAAACUUAGGCCGCAACAAGAUCGGCACCACCAAGAAGGGUAUCGGGCCGGCGUACUCGUCCAAGAUCGUCCGCAACGGCGUCAGGAUAGGAGACUUGCGGUUCUUCGACGACUUCAAGGAACGCUUCCGGGCCCUGGUGGAACACGCCGAGCGGGCGCACGGGAACUCCUUGCACGUGGACGUGGAGAAGGAGAUCGGCUACUACGCGUCUGUCCGCGAGCUGAUCGUGAACAUGACGGCGGAUACGAUCGCCCUCACCAACACGGCCUUCGACUCGGGCAAGCGCAUCCUCGUGGAGGGCGCCAACGCCACCAUGCUCGACAUCGACUUCGGGACCUACCCCUACGUGACUUCGUCCAACCCCAGCGUAGGCAGCGUGUGCACGGGGCUGGGGGUCCCGCCGAACAAGAUCUCCAACAUCUUCGGGACGGUAAAGUCGUACUGCACCCGUGUCGGAGAGGGACCCUUCCCCACGGAAACCUUGGGCGAGACCGGGGACACUCUCAGGAAAAACGGGGGGGAGUUCGGCACGACCACGGGGAGGCCGCGCCGCUGCGGGUGGCUGGACAUCCCCCAGAUGCGCUACUCCACCCUGGUGAACGGCUACUCCGUGCUCAACCUCACCAAGCUCGACGUGCUUACCGGGAUGGAGGAGGUGCAGAUCGGCGUGGCGUACAAGUUCGAGGGGAAGUGCCUGGAAUCCAUGCCUUCCAGCCUCAAUGUGCUGAAGAACGUGCAGGUGGAGUACGAGGUUCUGGCGGGGUGGGAAGAGGACAUCUCUGACUGCAAGGAGUGGGAUGAUCUGCCGACGAACGCGCAGGUUUACGUGCGGCGAGUAGAGGAGCUGCUGGGAGUGUACAUCCGCUGGAUAGGCGUAGGCCAAGACCGGCUGGCCGUGAUCGACCGUUACGACCGUUACACGGGGAGCCCCUAAAGUUACUCCGCGUUGAGAGAAGACAAGAGAGAGGGUUGGUGGGUGAAACGCCCCCCGCGUCGAUGACCACGGCGUGAUGUUUCUGCAUCCGUCCCAAAUCCUAUGACAUCGCGGGGCUAGGGGGUAGGAGGCGAGAACCGUGUCAGGGGGGGGGGGAGGAGUGCCGACCAGAUGUAGGGAUGCCUUGUGGGAAUUUGAGUUGGGGGGACGGAAAUGGAAUUAGCCGUAAGGUACGGUACUAUCAGCGAGCACAGAGAAGAGGCUGGCUCUCCCUGGACGGGAAACACCGGAGGGUGGGACAAUUAAUUUUUGCCAAUGGGUUGCGUGCGACCAUGUGUGCGUAUGUAGCGUGGUGUGUUUGUUCUUUCUCUCUCUCUCUCUCUCUCUCUCUUCGUCUGUGAGAGCUGCCAACUGCCACCACUCAGUAAGCAUGCGGGCAGGUUUUGCUUUUCAUUCCACUCGUCAUGCACCCACCUGCACCCCUCACUUCUCAUUUUUCAAGUACUGCAGGAAGUUGUCGGGAGCAAACGCAUAUUGAUUUCCAGGGACAUUUUGGCGGGGGGGGGGGGCGAGGGGUGCUGCAAAUUCAAGUUUGUCUUGUGUGAUGGUUUCAUCGCUCCCGACAAGUUAAAUUGCUUGAUGUCGGCUUUGUCACCAACCAUCUUCUGUCAAGGUAUGCCGACAUGCCUACAGUACGUUCGGGAGGUUGGUAAAAAAAAAAAAUUGUGGCCCGCUGUUCUGCUGCUGCUGCUGCUGCGGCCGUUAGGGGUGGGGCAGGGGAGGUGGAGAUGGUAGUAAGCCGUUUGAAUUUACAGGGGGUGUCAGUAUAUAAUCAAACCGUGUUGUGGUGGUAUUUUUUUUGUGAUUUUCGUCUUCUUUCCAAUGUUAUAUCCCAGCAGGAUUUUUUUUGGGGGGGGGGUAGUGGACGAGAGAGAGAGGCGGAGGGAAGGCAGAUUUUGAAGUGGCGGAGGGAAGGAGAGAGGGGGAUGGUCGGUCACGCACUCCCCAUGCGUGUGUCACAGCCGCUGUCGCCCGAUGGCUUCUCCGUAGCCGAUGAGGGUUGAUUGGUAAAGCUAAAGCUUUCGGCGAUCAUCAGCCACAAAAUAAUUGUUUGCACAAUUCCCUCUGCAUGUGCUCGAUAUUCCGAGGACUGGUUGAUGGGAAAGAGGAGCAGCAGGACCUACUGGUUUGCAGAGGGGCGCGCGCUAGUUUAGGGCAUCAUGUAGUACGCGUUUUGCUCUGCAGAAAGUCAAGUCUGGACUACUGCGCGUACAAAAUACGAAUAAAAACAUCCGUGCAUGCAUGCAUGAAUGACU